AUGCCCGCUGCAUACAAUUCAGUACAUUGGAUUUUUUGCCGCCCAGAUCACAAACUCAUUUUUUGUUUACUUGCUCGUUAAAAAAUCUGGAAAACACUUUGGAGCAUAUCGUUAUGUUAUGACAACAUUUGCUUUAAACUCGUUGAUGUAUGCCUGGAUUGAAAUAAUAACACAUCCGGUAAUCCAUAUAAAAGGCCUAGUAUUUAUUGUCUACAUGGAUAGCCCUUUGAAAUAUCAUAAAUGGAUUGGAAACAAUAUUACAUGCCUUUUUUGCGGUUCAUAUGCUCUUGUAAUAUCUCUCCUCGCAGCUCAGUUUUUCUACAUAUAUAUCGCGAUAUGCAGGCCGGACGCAUUACCUAGCAUUGAAGGUUUCAAACUGAGUCUGAUAUUUAUUCCGUGUUUUAUUUGUUUCUUUGCAUGGAAUUUGUUGGUUUAUUUUGGAAUGGCCAACACCGUAGAGAAACAGGAAUAUAUUGAAGAAGAACUGAGAGCUUGUUAUGAUGAAGAUUCUACCAAGAUCUCUUUUAUUGCUCCAAUGUACUGGUCGAUUGGGGAAAAUGGGGAGAAAAUUUGGAACAUUUUGGAAAUUGUGUGCGUUGACCACAAAACCAACAUGCGCACUUGGAUGUGCGGUGAUUAUUAUUAUUUGCUUUUCAACAAUUAUAUUUUGUGCAACAAACCUAUAUUCAUCGUUGAAGAAAAAUCAAGUUCAUAUGAGUGCAAAGACAAUGGAAUUGAAUCGCCAGUUUUUCAGAACUCUAAUAUUUCAGCAGCUAGUGUGGCAAUAUAUCCGUCGCUGGAGCCACUUAUUGCAAUGUUUUGUAUCAAAGAUUUCAAACGAUAUGUUACUUGUUCCCGCACAAAAGUGCUUCCUGGAAGUACAUAUCAGCUGUCAACUGGGGCAUAA